AAAAUUAUUCUAAUAUUGUCUUUGAUCUGUACAAUUGGAGCAUUUUUGAACAUGCACUUGAAAGAUUUUCCUAUUCCACUCCCUGUAAUAUUAUCUUUAUUUGGAUGCGGUUUUGAAAUACUAAGUUUUGCAUCAUUCCAGGUCCAAGAUUAUGCAAAUGUCAUUCAAUGGAUGAGUCCAAAAUUAUUUUUUGGUUUAUUUACACCAAUGAUCAUCUUUAAUGUUGCAUUUGACAUGGAGGUAUACAUGCUUCAAAAGUUAACUUGGCAGAUACUUUUAAUUGCAAUUCCUGGAUCUCUAUUAAAUUAUGUCUUAAUUAUUUGGUAUCUGUCAUCAGUGAAUAAAUUACCUAUGAGAAUCAUGCCAUCAUUAUUAUUUUCACUUGUACUUUAUACUUCAGAUCCCAUGCUGACUGCAGCUGCUAUAAGGGACCUUGGUCUUUCCAGGACGCUUACCAAUUUAAUUAAUGGAGAAAGUCUGUUGACAUCUGUUAUAUCUUUAAUGAUAUUUCCUAUUAUUUCGAAUAUAAAUACACAAAUGGAAAAGACAAUGAAUUAUUCCUUAGUCCAUACAUUUGUGGAUGAGAUUCUGUUACGUGUUAUAGGAAGUUUUGUGACUGGAAUUAUAAGUUCAAAAAUACUCCAACUUUGGAUGGCAACUAUUUUUGAAGAUGACGUCAAUCAUAUAAGUCUCAGCUUUUCAAUUUUAUACCUCGUCUUUUAUCUUUGUGAGUUAGCUGGAAUGUCUGGAAUAUUUACUCUGGCCAUUAUGGGAUUUUUUUUAAAUUCUACAAGUCUUAAACCAGGAGUUGAACCACUUCUUAUUGAAUUCUGGAAUUGUCUAUCAUUUGUUUCAUUUCUUAUGGUGUUUACAUUCACUGGACUUCUAAUUCCUGCACAAACGUAUUUACAUGUAACAUUUUCUGAUAUAUAUUUUUCAUUAAAUAUGUAUUUCACACUGAUGGUUUUAAGACUUCUGGUCAUUCUAUUGAUGAGCCCUCUUUUAUCUCGACUUGGCCAUGGGUUCAGCUGGCGUUGGGCAUUCAUAAUGGCCUUGAGUGAAAUGAGAGGGAUCCCUAAUAUAAACAUGGCAGUUCUACUUGCCUACGACUCUUCCGUUGGAAGUGAGAAGGAAAAAUCUCAAAUGUUAUUUCAUGGAGUGUCUGUAUGUUUUAUUACCUUGAUUUGCAAUAAAUUUAUUUUGCCACUGGCAGUUGCUAAACUAGGUCUUCAUGAUGUCUCAUCAACAAAAUAUAAAUCACUUUAUCAUACAUAUAAACAAUUUCAAGAGCUAACCAAAUCUAUAGCCUCUACACUCAAAUUUGACAGAGAUCUUGCUAAUGCUGAUUGGAGCAUUGUUGAGAAAGCAAUUAUGUUUCAAAACCCAUAUGCGGCAAGUCAAGAAGAAACAACAGGCCAUCAGAUGGUGAAGUGUCCAGACUGUAACAAGGAAAUAGAUGAGACCCAUAACAUUGAAGCAAUGGAGCUGGCCGACAGACGUCUUUUGUCAGCACAAAUAGCAAGUUACCAGAGACAAUACAGGAAUGAGACUCUGAGCCGGAGUGCAGUUCAGUUGCUGGUAGGUGCAGCAGGAAGCUUUGGUGAGAAGAAAGGAGAAUAUAUGAGUCCUGAGACAAUAAAGAAUUACUCUGAAAGCAAAAAAUCAUCUUCCAUUGUGAGAGCAGUACUACUUAAUUUGGUGUACAAUACUAGAAAGGAAAAAGGGGUGCCAUCAAGAUAUUGCUUGUUUCAUCUAAUCCAUAAAAUAGUAUUUACUGAUGAAUUUGAAUAUGUUGGAUACCUCGUGAUACUAAUGAAUCUAUUUCCCAUUAUAAUUUCUUGGAUAUCCAUUUUAAGCAAAAUUUAUAAGAGAGAAUUAAUAAAAGCUAACUGUUCUUUCCUUGGAUUUUAUAUCCUGGAGGCCCUACUUAAGAUAACAGCUAUGAGGAAGGAAUAUUUUGUACGUACCUGGAACAUUUUUGAGUUAGCAAUUACAUUUGUUGGUAUCAUAGAUGUAGCACUUGGUGAGAAAACGGUCAAUACAUACAAUUUUUAUAUCAUUAAAAUAACAGACAUUAUUAAAAUGGUUCAACUACUUCGUUUACUACGUAUCUUGAAGCUUGUAACGCCAAAGUUGGUGCAACUAAUAGAUAAAAGAAUGAGUCAAGAGCUGUCCUUUAAGUAUGCUAUACUAAAAGGUUAUGUCCAAGGUGAAGCAGACAUAAUGAGUGUAAUUGAUCAGAUUUCAAACUCUAAACAGGUUAAACAGAUGUUAUUAAAGCGGAUAACAAGAAAUACGGCACGUGCUAUGAAAGAACUAGGCUACUUAGAGUAUGAUCAUCCAGAAAUUGCCGUCGCUAUGAAAACAAAGGAAGAAAUUAAUGUCAUGCUUAAUAUAGCUAGAGAAAUAGUGAAGGUUUUCAGGUUAAAAGGAGUUAUUUAUAAAAGUGAAAGUUCUGAAAUUACUAAGUUAAUCGUGGCCAGAAAAAGAGAGCUGCUUGAUUUUCAACCAACGAUCAAGUCUCUUUCUAUUGAAGAAGCACUUUAUCAUAUUUCAUGGCUAGAUAAAGACCGAGAUCAUAUAGACUUCAUUCAGAACAGAGUCACAUUUAUAACAUAUGAUUGUGGAAAUGAUAUAUUUGAACAGGGUGAAGAGCCCAAAGGCAUCUAUAUAAUUAUUUCCGGAGUGGUAAAGUUUCAAAGUUCAAAGCCAGGUUCAGGUAAUGACCAAAUACUCAGUGACUCAGAGAAGAAAGAUUUUCAAACAACCUACCCAGACUAUGUGUUCACUGGGGAAAUAAUAGGAGAGUUAAACUGCUUAACAAAUGAACCCAUGCAAUAUUCUGCCACCUGCAAAACUGUAGUGGAGACAUGCUUUAUUUCCAGAAAGCAUUUGUUCAGUGCUUUUGAACACUGUUGUCCUCUCCUAGAAUACAAAAUGUGGCUAAAAAUUGGACUUUCUAUCACUGCCAAAAUAGUCAGGGAAAACUUAUCUUACGAGAAUUGGAACUACAAGUUGCAAUUACAACUCUGUAACAUUUAUGUAAAAGAUAUACCAAUGAAUACCAAAACUGAUAUUUAUGAUGAAGGCGUCAACUAUGUUAUCCUCAUACAUGGAGCUGUAGAAGAUUGUCACUUACGGAAAACUUAUAAGGCACCUUCCUCAAUUCCUAUUACAUGCCAUCAGAUACAAGGCACUGAAAAUUUCACAAAAAUAAUGAUUCUUCAAACUUCAAUUGAUAGGAAAAAAUUCAAAUGGUAUACUAAAAAGUAUGUACCUUCAUGUACCCAUUCUCUUUCACCAUAA